UUAAUAGAGCGUGAAAUGUUGCUCUCUUCUAACACAUUUAAGAAUUCGACAUGUAAAAUGCGAAUAGUUAUUGGAUCGAUCACCGCAGUUCUUUUGCUUUUAUUGCAAAACUCAAAUGCCGAAAUUCCCGGUUGCGACUUCUUUGACACCGUAGAUAUUUCAAAAGCGCAAAGGUUCUCGAACGGAUCGUACCUCUACGAAGGCUUGCUGAUCCCCGCCCACUUGACUGCUAAGUAUGACUACAAGCUCCUGGCCGACGACUCGAAGGAGAAGGUGGCGAGCCACGUACGAGGAUGUGCCUGCCACCUUAGGCCCUGCAUCCGGUUUUGCUGCCCCCAGUACCAAAAGAUGAAUAUGGGCGUGUGCUACGGCGACAUGUCAGAGGACGAGCUGAACAAGCACGAUCCCUUCGUGAACGUGACGCUCAGCGACGGGUCGGUGGUCAGGAGACACUUCAAGGAGGACCUGAUCGUGCAGUCGGACCUGGCCAAGCCCGGAUGUCCCCGGAUGUACUUUAUGAAUCACGAACUGCCGGGCAACGAAUUCACGCUGUUUGAGAAUGGAUCUCUUCUGCGUCACUGGGACAAUGCGGAACUGAGCAAGCGGGAGUACUGUGUCCAGCAUCUUUCAUUCACAGGUGAUAGUAUCCGAAUUGCACCCCACUUCUGUCCACUUUCGUCUGAGCACUCGAGAACGUGGAAGACCGUUGCGAUUGUGAUAUCCAUGAUAUGCAUAGUCCUAACGAUCAACGUGUACCUCUAUGUCAAGAAGCUUCGCAACCUGCAGGGAAAGUGUUUCAUUUGCUACUUGGCCUCCUUGUUCCUCGGCUAUCUCUUCCUGCUCCUCAACAUGUGGAAAUACUCCUCCCACUUCUGCGUUACAGCAGGGUUCAUGGGCUACUUCUCCGUCAUCGCCGCGUUCUUUUGGCUUUCUGUCAUCAGUCUUACUCUCUGGAAUUCGUUUAGUGGCAACUCCGGCUGGCUGAACCGUUUCUUGCCACAGGAUCGGUUCCUUUCUUACAACUUAUACGCCUGGGGCAUGGCGCUGCUCCUGACUGCAAUAACAUAUAUAGCUGACCAGGUGGUUGAUGACGAGAAUUUGAGACCCCGCGUGGGCGUCGGAAAAAGUUGUUGGAUCUACACUGGGGAUAUGACUGUCAUGAUCUACUUCUAUGGUCCGAUGCUGUUGCUAAUCGCUUUCAACAUAACAAUGUUUGUCCUGACGGCUUUUCGUAUAAUGAAAGUGAAGAAGGAAGCCCAAAACUUUACUCAACAGCAAAACACAACCAAUAGGCUCAACUCGGACAAGCAGACUUACACCCUAUUCCUGCGACUCUUCAUCAUCAUGGGCUUGUCGUGGAGCUUGGAAAUAGUCUCGUUUUUGUUGAGCAAAAAGCAGGCUUGGGCCAAGGCUUUUAUGGUGGCUGACUACUUCAAUUGGUCCCAGGGCACCAUCAUAUUUGUGCUCUUUGUUCUGAAGCCCAGCACACUGAAGCUCCUGAAGGAACGACGUGCCAUCAAAGCGAGAUCCAAGCAACUUCUACCCGGAUAUGCACAGAUGUUAUUAGACACGAAUACUCGGCAUUGAGGAUGAAAUCUCAGGGAAAUCCUUUUCGGAGCAGCACUUACACUCUCUCGUAGUAUUAAUUUUUAAAAUGGGUACUGCUUGUACUGCCUCAAUUUCUAAAUAUUCAUUUAAAGAACUAAAAAUAAUUUUAUAAUGACUUGUUAUGACAAUGACUAACUAGAAAUCUAAAUUCCUGCAUUUUUUUUUAUAAAUUACGAUUAAUUCCUACCACAGAAAAGUGUUUCUAGUGACUUUAAAAUAUUACUAAUUUAGGAUGCUAAUAAUAAAAUUAAAGAUUGUGAAUCAAGAGAAACUAAAAUUCCUGACUAUAAUUAAGUUGAAUAAAUGAGAGGAACAUACAUA